UAGCGCUUGUAGCUAGUUGCAUGCCCAAAUAGCUGGACGACUAACUAUAUCAAAGUCAUAGUGUAAGUGCAGAUAAUUAUUUCAAUUGUAGCCUAAUUGAGCAAAAAUGGCUGCAGUUCAGUAUUUGAGACAGUUUGUCAACGAGCGACUAACUGCGGCUGCUGAAGAAAUAUUCGGAGUUUUUGAAAAAGCUAUCGUCGAGUACGAAGAAGAGAUCGAUCGUCAGCGCAGACUGCUGGAUGUCGUUUGGAAACCUGAAAUCAAGUUACACAGGAUAGAGCUCCCACAGCAACAUGUCUGUAAGGAGGAGGAGGUUCUCACUGACCAGCAGCAGCAGCUCUGUAUUCAGGAGAGGAACUCCAGUGUGGACCAAGAGGAGCCAGAGCCUCCACAGAUUAAAGAGGAGGAACAGGAGGAACUCUGCACCAGUGAGGAGGGAGAGCAGCUUGUACUGAAGCAGGAGACUGAUGCCUUUAUGUUGACUCCUACUCAUGGUGAAAGUGAAGACCAGACUCUGACCUUGUGUAAAAGAUUCACUGAUACAUUGAACGGUCAUAAAAGAACCCACACAGGUGAGAAGCUGUAUUCUUGCGAAACAUGUGGGAAAAGAUUCAAUUACCUAUCAUCUUUGAACUAUCAUAUAAGAACCCAUACAGGUGUGAAGCUGUUUUCUUGCGAAACAUGUGGGAGAUACUUGAGUUCAAUAUCAUCAUUGAAGAUUCAUAUGAGAACCCAUACGGGUGAGAAUCCAUAUCCUUGCCAAACAUGUGGGAAAAGAUUUCCUCAGGUGUCAUCAUUGAACUAUCAUAUGAAAACCCAUACAGGUGAGAAACCAUAUUCUUGCCAAACUUGUGGGAAAUGUUUCCGAGCCAGCAGUCACUUAAUAGGUCACAUGAGAAUGCACACAGGUGAGAGGCCGAACCUUUGCAAGACCUGCGGCAAAGGAUUUUGUGCCAUUUCAGGUUUGAAAAGACAUAUGAGAAUCCACACAGGUGAGAAGUCUUAUACGUGCAAAACAUGUGGGAAAGCUUUCAGAUGUAGCAGUAACUUAAGAAGCCAUAUGAGAAUCCACACCGGUGAGAAGUCUUAUACUUGCCAACCAUGUGGGAGAUCUUUCAGAUGCAUCGGGCACUUAAGAGGCCACAUGAGAUCGCACACGGUUGAGAGGUUGAACAACUGCAGCACAGAGGUCCCAGUUGUUGCACCCAUUCAGGUCAGAAGCUCUAUAAUUCAAAAACACAUGGAAGAUAUUUCAGAAAACUAGUUUUUUUUUAUGUAUGGUGGCAGUAAGAACUUCACCUGCAUGUGCCCAUCAGGUUGAGACACUGGGUUUAUGCAGGA